UGAAUCUUUGAUCCGGGGGUUACACCACACCACAUGACCAACCCCCACCCAUCACCCUCCAUAAAACCGCAACCAAAUCACAUGAAAAACCACAACCAAAUCACAAAAAACCACAAACAAAAGCUACCCAAAAUAUAUCAUGGUGAUUUCAGCAAAUACAAGAGUCGAGAGCUUAGCCAAAAGUGGGAUUAAUCAAAUCCCAAAAGAAUACAUCCGAACACAAGAUGAACUCACAACCAUCACCGACAUCUUUCAAGAUGAAAACAACCAACAAUGCCCACAAGUUCCCACCAUCGACUUGAACGACAUCAACUCCGACGACCCGAAAGCACGUGAAAAGUGUCGUCAUGAGAUCGUUAAAGCGGCCACCGAGUGGGGUGUCAUGCACCUUGUCAACCAUGGGAUCUCUGGCGACUUGAUCAACCGUGUUAAGGCUGCAGGCGAGAGUUUUUUCGAUCAACCGGUUGAAGAGAAGGAGAAGUAUUCGAAUGAUAUUGCAUCAGGAAAGAUUCAAGGGUAUGGAAGUAAGUUGGCUAAUAACGCUUGUGGGCAGCUUGAAUGGGAAGAUUACUUCUUCCACCUUGUGUUCCCGGAGGAGAAACGUGAUUUGACCAAUUGGCCCUCAACACCUAAGGAUUACAUCCCUGCUACGACGGAGUACGCUAGACAACUAAGAGCACUUGCCACCAAGAUAUUUGUGGUGUUAUCUCUAGGAUUGGGACUGGAGGAGGGGAGGCUAGAAAAGGAGGUAGGAGGGAUGGAGGAGCAAAUUCUUCAACUAAAGAUCAACUAUUACCCAAAAUGCCCUCAGCCCGAGCUAGCUCUAGGUGUUGAAGCUCACACCGAUGUGAGUGCACUCACGUUCAUACUCCACAACAUGGUUCCUGGGCUCCAGCUCUUUUAUGAUGGACAAUGGGUGACAGCUAAAUGCGUACCAGACUCCAUCAUAAUGCACAUUGGUGACACUAUUGAAAUCCUUAGUAAUGGCAAGUACAAAAGUAUUCUCCAUAGAGGGCUUGUGAAUAAGGAGAAGGUUAGGAUUUCUUGGGCGGUUUUCUGCGAACCGCCAAAGGAGAAGAUCAUCCUGAAACCGUUACCUGAGACGGUUUCUGAGGAGGAGCCACCACUCUUUCCGCCACGAACCUUCCAUCAACAUAUGGAACAUAAGCUGUUUAGAAAGAACAAUGACACACUCAAUCCAAAAUGAUAAAGUAUAAAACAAACUUGUCCUGUUGUUUUGGUCAUUGCAAGUUAUUGCGUAUGUUUCUUUGGUUGUUGACGUCAAUACAUUUGACAUUACGAACUUUGUGAUAUGUUUACUCUUAUGGGUUAUGGUAUUUUAUCAA